AGAGCCCCAGCACAUUCACCCCAGGGUGUUGUGGCGCUCCGCAGCGAAUGGUUAGCCAUGACAACCAUUGGCGCUGACAAAGACAAAGCCCGAGGACGGCGUUCCGUGGAUGAAGAGCUCUUAGGCUUGCUGGAGCGGCUUUCAUUGCAGAUGGGCACCCAGGGACGGCUGCAAUCCUUCCGCAAUGGCCAGCUUUGCCCCUGCUGCAACUGUUGCAGACGAUGCCUGAGGCGCCCCGGCCCUCGACGUGCAGCCUCUGCCCCCUCAGCCGGCCCAAAAAGUGCCAAGCGGCCAGACAGGACGGCCAGGACAGCCACGUGGGUUCCCAGUGAAGCGCCUGCCGAGGCCAAGAGCAAGUUGAAAGCCAAAAGCUCCAAGGGAGCAGAGAAGCAGCGGAGAAGCAGCAAAAGCCUCGAAGACAAGGCUCCCAGCCCCCGUCCGCGUGCCCCGCUACGCCUGGGCGCCUCGGUGAGCGUUCCGCAGCUGCGCGCCACGGUUGAGGUGCGACCCAGGAGACGUGCCACCCCCAAGGCAACCACCAAGAGGACGCCCGCCCCCGAGCCGCCGCCGAAAGCCGUGACCGCAGCUGCACCGCCUUCGCUUCCUGCGCCGGAGGCGCCCGCAGCAAGCGAAGCCAAGCUCCGUGGCCGGCGCGGCUCACGCAAUCUGUUGGCGGAGCUUGCGGGCGACGGCGACCGCGAGCUGCGCUGGGAGCCGGUGACGGCGACCCGUUUGACGGCCUUUGAGCCCCCGACGCGGAAGCUGGGAGUGCCCCCAGUGCCGGAGCCGCGCGUGGAAAGCGCCCGAGAGAUCUUCUACGGAAGUCCUGAAAAACCCUGUGAGCUUUGCCCUAACUGCGGGCGGACCUUCACAGAGGAUUCCAUUUUUUGUCGUCAUUGCGGCUGCAAGAGAGCAGCCAGUCAGAAGGAGGCUCCCAGCCUCAGUGCGGUGCGCUUUAACCCGAGCACCGUGUCCGACACUGCAGCGGAGCCGCUGAAUUUGGACAGCGCCACGCGGCAGUUGGAGCAACUGGUGCAGGAGACACAUCAAGCCUUGGUGCGAGAUGGUAUCAUCAAUGGUGAGCACAGCACGGUACCUUCAGCCACCCCCAACUUGGAUGCCGUGGACCGAGCAUUGGAGGAACUUCAGCGUGGGCUGCUGGAGAUAGACCACGUUUUGGCGAAGCCAAUGCCAGAUGCACCGGCCGCCUGACAGGGACAUGCCACCUGCCGACUUUUGCGCCCAGCAAAAACGGAACCUGUUUCACCAGAGCAGGGCCUGAGUCGUAUGUCGUGGCAGCAGCACAACAUAGCGCAACCUUUGGCCCCCAAUGUAUUCAAAAUUGGGUGGCAGGAUGGUUGACAAUGUUUGAC